GUCGCUCUCAGUCUGUGUACAUGUUGAGAUAGCGCGGGGCGAGCUGCCACGACGCAAAGUGACACUUUUCUCUACUUAUUUGUCUACACGGACAACUUGGGACCGACGUCGCCUGCGUCCCACUUAACUUCUCGCAAUGAGUGCCAUAGCCUCAGAAAGCGUCUUUUUGUCCGCUUUACAGCCCAACACCUCGGUCACUACCUACGGUCUCCCGUCCGAGAUACAGGUCGGUAAUGGGAGCACCUUGGCGGACGAUAGGGCCAAGGCCCAGCGGGUCCAGCAGCAGGUUCAGAUGAGGCUGGCGCAGAAGGCGACACUUCCGCGACAGAACGGCGCAGCCGGACAUUAUGCCGCAUCAGAGUAUGGCAGUUCUUCAACGAUGAAAUACCAGAACUGUAACCCAUCUUACAGUGCCAGAUCCCAAACCAUAACCACCAUGCCAGCCAUGUCACGCAUGUACAACACAACUGCCCGGUCUGUUGGUGAGCUGGGCCCUUCCCUGCGGAUGAGUACAGCACGAGGAGGUAGCAGACUAUACCAACAUGAUGACAUGCAGCUGGGCGGCUUCCAGGGGGGCACCAGACAGCAAAUGCACGUGGCGUCCUUCAACAUGAGCCGAGCUGAGCCAGACGCCAUCUCUCUGCACUCCUUACGCCAGCAGCCAGCUCCAAUGAACUGGAUGGUCGAUGGCAGCGAUGCUGGCAGUAUGGUCUCUGAGCGGGAUGCCACCUUCAACCGCCAGUAUGCCCAAAACACAUUGAACGGGUUUACAUCCCAGAGCCAGGUGAUGAGCCAAAGAGGAGGCACCAUGACCCUGCCACCCAUGCGCCGAUCUCUCAGUGGCACUCUUUCCCGUGGUGGAGGGAUGGAGAUUACGCAGACACACACCUUCAAAGGCCCAGCCUAUCGCACCAUCAACAGGAUUAACAACCGAAACCGAAUGAGCAUGGGCUCCAUGUCUGGGGCCAGCACCCUGCAGCACCAGAUGUCUUCAGGUAGCAGCGUUUAUGGUGGAGGAGCAGCGGACAGCGGGUUCAUUGUAGGUGGGAUGUCUGGCUCCCAGGGGAACCUGAUGAUGCAGCGUCAGGGCACCCUGUCCCGUGCCAUGUCAGUCAAGAGCAUGCACAGUGUGGGCAAGGGCAUGGACAUCUUCGAUGGGUCACUGGGGGCUAGCAUGGGCAACCUUAGCGGGAUCAACAGCCUGGACAUGCCCACUGCAGUGAUGUACCUGAGAGAGUCUGACCCAAAUAUGCAGGUCCUGGGAGCCGCAUAUAUUCAGCAUGAGUGCUACAACAACAGCGAGGCCAAAGAUGAGGUGCGACGCUACAAAGGCAUCAGCGAGCUGGUGAGGCUGUUCAACUGUGACAACCAGGAAGUGCAGCGCUAUGCCACCGGUGCCACACGCAACCUCAUCUACGAGAACAUGGACAACAAGGUGGCCCUGAUCGAGGAGGGCGGCAUUGCGCAGCUGAUUGAGGCGCUGAAGGAGAAUGACGAUGAACUCCACAAGAACAUCACUGGUAUCCUGUGGAACCUGUCAUCCAAAGACAACCUCAAAGAAAAACUGGCCAGGGAAACGCUUCCUGAGCUGACUGAGAGGAUCCUCAUUCCUUUAGCGAGCAGCGGAGACUCUGAGGCCAUCAGCCAAACCCCCUCCGAGGCCGACAUCUUCUACAACACCUCCGGAUGCCUCAGGAAUCUGAGCUCUGUGAAUGAGAAGACCCGUCAGCAGAUGAGGGAAACCCCUGGCCUGGUCAACGCCCUGGUGAACUACAUCAAAGACGCCCUCGAGAACAACAAGGCCGAGGACAAGGGGGUGGAAAAUGCAGUGUGUGUCUUGAGGAACCUCUCCUACCAGCUUUACAGCGAGAUGCCGCCAUCCGCCAUGCUCCGUCUGGAAGGACCAACCAGAGCUCAGGACACAAGCAAAGCCGAAGCCAUCGGUUGCUUUACGCCUCAGAGCAGGAAGGCCAAAAAUGUACGCACGCAUGAGCAUUUUCCCAUCACCAUUCUGGGUGCCGCAUGUCAAUCUCAAUGCUUACUGUCUUCAUCUUUCACCUCACAGAGGAAGAACCAGGAUCUCACCACUUUCACCGAGGUUGCCAGGGUCCCCAAGGGAGUAGAGUGGCUGUGGCACCCGCAGAUAGUGGGGGUAUAUCACCGUGUGCUGCGCCAGUGUGAGAUCAACUCCACCACCCGCGAGGCUGCUGCCGGGGCGCUGCAGAACAUCACCGCCGGAGAUAAGAGGUGGGCGUCGGUGCUGAGUCGUGUGGCUCUGGAACAGGAGCGCAUGCUUCCGGUGUUGCUGGAUCUCUUACGUCACAAUAAUGACCUGGAGCUGCGCUCACUCACUGGCUUCUUCAGAAAUCUGUCUCGCCAUGCCGUUGAUAAGAAUGAUUUCGCCACAAAGUCAGUGAACAACCUGGUGACAAAGCUGCCGAGCGAUGGCCACCAGAAGGAGCCCUCCAGUGACGUGGUGGUCAAUAUUUGUGGCAUCCUUAACAACCUGGUGACUGCCAGCUCCGUCGCUGCCAGAGAUAUCACCUUCUUUGAUGGCCUGCAGAAACUGCUCGCCAUCAAGAACUCCCACGACAAUUCCCCUGGGAAGUUGAAGGCAGCCAAAGCAGCGGCCACAGUUCUCAGCAACAUGUUCCAGUACAAGAAGCUGCACAAAGAUUACAAACAGAAAGGGCUGGUGAGACAAGAUUUUGCUGAUCUGACCAUUUAAAAAACACAGCCACCGAAACAACACAGUUCCUGUGUGCUGUGUGUCUGUGUGUGUAUGUGUGUCUGUGUCUGUACGUGUGUGUGUGUGUGUCUCCUCACUCAUGACCGGCGUUCAACCAGGCCUUUCUCCAUUCUUGCCACAUGAUCUGCGUUUUAAAUUCAUCAAGAUUUUACUGAACUUGUUUUUUUAUAUUUAUAUUGAGGAAAAAUCUGUCGUGAUAAUUACUGUUAUAGUUUUAUUGCCCCAGUUUUGGAUAAGCACAUGGACUGAUAAGUGACGGAGGAUACACUCAGUGGAAGACGGACUGUCUGCACAUCACGGGACUGAAUGAACGUCAGUGGGUUGCAAGUUGCUUGAAACAUGAAUCCAGUAAAGCGGACUGUUGAUGGACUCUAAUAAAUACAACCGUGUGAACCUUUCCCAUUGUACUUUCUUUGUUUGAACGCUGUUAUGUGUUAGUAUAGAGACAGUGAUGUUUUUUUUUCUCUCUCUCUCUCUGUUGGAGCAGCAUCGCCGGAUAAAACUGUGUUAAAUUGUCCUUUUUUUUUUUUUUUUAAUUUUCUCUCUCUGGCUGCCAUGUGGAGCAGUUUCACAGCCGCCUGUUUAUGGUCCAAUAAGGUGGAGACUUUGUGCCUGAUCUUCUCACUGCUGCACUUCAUUUUCUGCAUCAAUGCAACCUGUGUGGUACUAUUAAGGUUGCCUGACAACUAGAGUAUUCCUCCCUCUUGUUAAUUAUAAACCAAAAUACUGUCAUUUUUUUUUUUUUGUAAAUAUUGUCUUUUGCAAAGUAAUUGAAUGAAAUAUAUGAUGUACUUUCUUAUUUGUAGUUUUUGAUAGAUGUGUACAAUGUGGUCCUUUUUUUGCGAGUGAGUCAGAGUUAUAAUUGAAUGUAUACAUGGACAGAUGUUGCGAAAUGGGAAUGACUACUGAAGUGUGAGGAGCUUUGAUGUAUUUGAUUCACAGGUGUGUGCUUCAAAAGCUGAACAAACUUUGCUCUUUUUAGAAUUUAGCAAACUUAAACCUGUUAUUCAACAAUGCUGAGUCUGACAUUUCAAAUCAGUUUGUCAGACUCUCACACCAUUGUGUUAGUUUAUUUUUCUGGAAUACGCCGUUAUAUAUGCUGUUUGUCUACUGUAAUAAAUGACCGGUGUUAAGUCAAGAAGCACACGGGUGAGAGCAUGGUGGAAUAUUUGUUUUGUACUUUGUGGGUUUUGUAUUCGAGUAACCUUUCUAAAAAGAAACAAUGGCAAACAUCUGGACCACAUUCUUCUCAUAAAACAUUUUAAGUUCGGCUAGUGGAGUGGUGGUAAUUUAAAUCAAAUUGUUUAACUUGUAAAUAUGCAUACGUAAAGUUUAAUUCAGCCUAAUUCAACUUCAUGUUCAAUCAGUGCAUUGUGAAUAUGGCUAUACUUUAUUGUGGUGCAUUUUAAUAUGUUGUAUUUCAUACUGCCAUUUUAAUAUUUGCUUUUGGGUUGUAUACAGGCAGGUGUGUCGAAUUGUUAUUUUACCUAAUAAAGAAGAGAACAGUGUGGUUGUU